AUGUUCAAGAAAUCAGCUAAUGAUAUUGUUAUUAUUGCAGCAAAGAGAACUCCAAUCACCAAGUCAAUUAAAGGAGGGUUGAGUAGAUUGUUUCCCGAGGAAAUAUUACAUCAAGUGGUUAAGGGUACUAUAUCUGAGUCUCAGUUUGAUUUAAAUUUGAUUGAUGAUGUCUUAGUUGGAGCAGUUUUACAAACGUUAGGUGGUCAGAAGGCUAGUGCCUUAGCCAUUAAAAAAAUUGGUUUCCCAUUGAAGACCACCGUGAAUACAAUUAAUCGUCAAUGUGCUAGUUCUGCUCAAGCAAUCACUUAUCAAGCAGGUAGUUUGCGUAGUGGGGAGAAUCAAUUUGUUAUUGCUGCUGGAGUAGAAAGUAUGACUCAUGAUUAUUUCCCUCAUCGGGGGAUUCCUACAAGAAUUUCCGAAUCAUUUUUAGCAGAUGUCUCUGAUGAAGCUAAAAAUGUGUUGAUGCCAAUGGGGAUAACCAGUGAAAAUGUUGCUACUAAAUAUGGAAUUUCUCGAAAACAACAAGACGAGUUUGCACUUGAUUCUCAUUUAAAAGCAGACAAAGCUACACAGCUGGGACAUUUUGCCAAAGAAAUCAUUCCUAUUCAAACAACUGAUGAAAGCAACCAACUGGUUUUAGUGACUAAAGAUGAUGGGAUAAGGGGUGGCUCAACCAUUGAAAAAUUGAGCAACUUAAAACCCGUGUUCAAGGACGAUGGGACUACUACUGCUGGUAAUUCCUCACAAAUUUCUGAUGGUGGUUCUGCUGUGAUUUUGACUACUCGUCAAAAUGCCGAGAAAUUGGGAAUAGUACCAAUAGCUAGAUUCAUUGGUUCGUCAGUGGCAGGUGUUCCUUCAGGGCUCAUGGGAAUUGGUCCAUCAGCUGCUAUUCCACAAUUAUUGUCGAGAUUAAAUGUUGAUACCAAAGAUAUCGAUAUUUUUGAAUUAAAUGAGGCAUUUGCAUCCCAACUGAUUUAUUGUAUUGAAAAAUUGGGACUUGAUUAUGAUAAAGUUAAUCCAUACGGUGGAGCUAUAGCCUUGGGACAUCCAUUGGGGGCAACUGGUGCAAGAGUUACUGCCACUUUGCUUAAUGGACUAAAAGAUCAGAAUAAAGAGUUGGGUGUUAUCUCAAUGUGCACAUCUACUGGUCAAGGGUACGCUGGCUUGUUUGCUAAUGAAUAG